GAUUUAAAUGGGGCUGCGGCGGGGGGAGAGGAGGGGAGUGGCGGCGGCGGCGAGUGGCGGGGCCUGGGCCGCGCGGGCAGCGGAGCGGAGAGGAGCGGCCGGGCCGAGGGGUAUAAACUGGAGAGACCUGAGGAAACUCUGAAGACGCUGACAGAUCACAGUCCUUUAUUUGGAAUACACGUUAUGAACCCUUUCUGGAGCAUGUCUACAAGCUCUGUACGCAAGAGACCUGAAGCUGAAGAGAAAACUCUGACUGGAGAACUAAGAACCAGUCCUCCACGAGCAUCUGCAAAGAAACAGUUGCCUUCUAUUCCAAAAAAUGCUGUGCCAAUAACCAAACCUGCGUCCCCUGCCCCUUCAUCCCAGUCGACAAAUGGAACACAUGCUUCUUAUGGGCCUUUUUAUUUGGAGUAUUCCCUUCUUGCAGAAUUUACCUUAGUUGUAAAGCAGAAGUUGCCGGGUGUCUAUGUGCAGCCGUCUUACCGAUCAGCAUUAAUGUGGUUUGGAGUAAUCUUCAUAAGGCAUGGGCUCUACCAGGAUGGUGUGUUUAAAUUUACUGUCUAUAUUCCUGAUAACUACCCAGAUGGAGACUGCCCGCGCUUGGUUUUUGAUCUGCCUGUCUUCCAUCCGCUAGUAGAUCCCAUGUCUGGUGAACUGGAUGUUAAAAGAGCUUUUGCAAAAUGGAGGCGAAAUCAUAAUCACAUAUGGCAAGUACUAAUGUAUGCUCGCAGAGUCUUCUACAAGAUUGAUACAACUAGUCCUCUGAAUCCUGAGGCUGCAGUGCUGUAUGAAAAAGAUAUUCAGCUGUUCAAAAGUAAAGUGGUGGACAGUGUCAAACUAUGCAGCAGUCACUUAUUUGAUCAGCCCAAAGUAGAGGAUCCCUAUGCAAUCGUUUUUUCUCCAUGGAAUCCAGCUAUCCAUGAUGAAGCUAGAGAGAAGAUGUUGACUCAAAAGAAGAAGCCAGAAGAUCAGCACUGCAAAAGCAUGCAUGUUUCUGGCCUGUCAUGGGUAAAGCCGGGUUCAGUUCAGCCUUUCAGCAAAGAAGAGAAGACGAUGCCUACCUAGCUCUUCUGGACUAUGGUGCACAAAACACUUUCUGUGGGUGGAGGGAAUGUAAUGGAGGGAGAAACAGCAAAGCAGCAGUUUCCUUCUUGACUAUGGAUUAGUAAAAACUGAACAGUAGCAGUGACUCCAGUAAACCUGCUCAAUGGAUUACUGACUCUUGAUGUUUUACAUAUGCAUUAGGUUUUAAAGGCUUGCCUGGAGUUUGGAAGUAUCUCUGAACACUGCAGUACUUCUACUUGAAGGCUGUCUAGGGUGGGUAAUUCCUCAGGGCUCUAAAUCGCCUGGAGGUUUUGGGUUGGUUUUUAAGCUUUUAUUUUUCCCUCCAGGAGUAGCUUUUUUUGAAUCUUAAAUUGCUGGCAGAAAUAUUAGCAGGAAAUAUGAUGCCAGAGGUAAGCUGUGUUCAUGUAAACUAAUAUAGCAGAGUUAAACACUAUAUUUAAUGGUUUUAAAUACUUUGGUUUCUAUUGUAAAUAUAUUAGGAUUUGAAAUUGUAAAUAGCUGGUUCAAUGACUCCAUUUAGCACUUUCCAGAGGUAAAGCUGAGGUUGAUACUCAGUGUAUGAUGUAUUAUUGAUUUGUAAAUGGAUAUUGUCACUAAAGCGCACAUUAGUCUGACAAGGUGAAAGCAGAACGUCAGGCUUUAGACUUUUAUUAUGUAAACACUAAAAUCAAAGCUUUUAAUGGUGUUCUCUUGAGCUAAUAAAGUCUUAGAGGAUUUUAGAUUCCCUAGGUGUCUAUACUGCAGGGUUUGCUAGGAUAGCUUGACUAAUGUGUGUUAAUAGUGACAUCUUAAAAAAAAAAAAAAAAAUAAAAAAAAAUCAUGAUCUA